AUGUUCACUUCCAAGGACAAGUUCCUUCGCCGGGCCCGCGGCCUUCGCCGCUCUCACAUUCCUUCCGUCAACGACGACAUUCCGCCUGUGCCUCCCUUGCCGACCGACCUGCCGGUCUCCUAUCCGGUAACUAUCUCGAUGCCAAUGCCGAUGCCACCUACGGCUCAGCCGAACUCAAUUCACCACGGCAACCACAGCCAGGAUUUCAAUCGCCAUGUCAGCACAUGCAGUCACUUUUCACAGGCUUCGUCCUCUUGGUCGUCUGCCAGCUCCACCGCCUCCUCUUCCUCCCUCUCCUCGUCACUUUCUCGCAUCUCCGACCACCACGCGUGGAAUCCGCUGCGGAUGCACCCGCCUGCCGUUCCGGCCAGCUUCUUCAACGACGAAGGCCUGUCGCAGCCCUCUGACUCGUCCGUCCGCGGCUUUGAUUUUGGCUUCAUGGCCAAGCCACGCCCAGCUGGUCAUGCCAUCCGCCUGGUACUCGACGAUGACGAUGACGAUGACGAUGACCUGUACGACUAUAGUCGGUUCUCCAGCCACGAUGACGACGACAACAUGCAAUUUGCUACCAUGCUCUCGCCACCACCACACCACCGCCGCUUAGGUGCAUCGCAUUCCGAGGCCGACCUGCAUCAGCCAUCUAGGCCGGCCACGCCUAUCACAGAGGCCGCCACUAUCAGUGCGCCUACCUCUCCGGUGCACCUCCGCAUUCCGUUCGCCGAGACUUCUGAUGUCGAUCGCUUCCUGAAGCGCGGCGACUGGAAGCGGAGAGGAAUCGUUUUCGGGAUUCAAGAGGCAUAA